CCCCCGACGGUCGUACCCCGGAGCAGCUGACACUACCAGCCGCCUCACACCGCUCCAAACGCCGCGCAGGACUUGGCACCUACUCACACAUAAGCACACUUUUUUAUAAGGCUCCUCCGUGACCGGUCUCUCCACUCAACCCAUCGCCCUCACCCUCGCAGUGUGGCCGGUCCACAGGCGAAGUGAACCAAGCACAGCCAUAACAGAACGACAAAAUGCUCCCCACACUCGCCAUCGUCCUCGUGGCUCUGGUCUGCUCGAGCGUCGGCAGAGUUACCGAAAUCGACUUGCUGGACACGCUGCCCCAAAAGCACGGAUCUCUGCCGAAUGGAGUGACGGUGACCAAGGGUUUUGCUCCGGACGUUGGAUAUGCUUACAGCUUCGACGGAACCCGCGUGCCAAGCUUGGUAGCAAACCGGACGUACUUCACCCAGCUCAUGAGGGGCGUGGAUACCGGAAAUGACGUCUUCGUCAUGGCCAAUGUCAAGAUGGCCCCGAAAACUACCGGCGUGCUUUUCGGCGUGUACGCCGUGGAAGGUCACAGACAGUACUUAGACGUCGUCUUAAAUGGCAAGACAAAUAAAGUGACCGUGAACUUCCUGAGUGGUGAGGAGCAGACGUCUCUCCACCUGGGGAAGACUCCCAUCGCCGAUAACAAGUGGCACUCCAUCCUGGUGCGCGUGGCCGGCGUGCUGCACGACACCAACACCGUGGAGCUGUACGUGGACUGUGCGCUGGACGACAAGGUGAGGACGAACGCACCUGUGCUGGAGUCCCUUGGCGCCAGCUACCUGGAGACCGUCGCUGAGCUGAGAGUGGCACAGAGGGGACCUGGCAAGGGUCAGCUCAAGUUCAAGGGUACGCUGCAGAACCUGCGGCUGAUGUUCAACACGGACCUCCUGUCCGUGCUGCAGUUCCAGGACUGCCUGAUGCAGGCAGAUGAACACACACACGGCUCAAGGGGCACCGCCCAGAGAGAUGUCAUCGGAAAUGUCGUUCCUGGCACGUUUGGUGCAAGCGAGAUGAACAUGCUUGUGUCCACCAUGAGAGAGCUCACACAGGCAGUUAGACAACUCCAGAGGGAUGUCAGGACGCAGGCCCGUGAGACUGCUGGACUGAGGACUGUUAUGGAGAACUGUGAUGCCUGUGGAG